AUGUUCCGGAGCCUCCUCGGCACCAGAAGCGACGCCAGCUGCUGCCGCGGGACCCGUCGCCUUGGUCAAGGACCGAUGGCUGGCAAGGACAGACGCUUCUGGCGAGGCAUCAUCGCGCAUCAGGCCACGGGUCUACACGUCCAUCCGAUGCUGCCGCUUCCGGCAACGAUCUCGGCCGCCAGGUCGCGUCUCACGCGCUUCGCUGUCUCUCUAUCUGUUGCCUGCGCCCCAGAUCGGAAGGAACUCCGCCAGGAGCCACGCCGCCGUCCGAGCAAGAGCACGAGUGCUUAUCCCGCACUCCCACGCCCCACGAUGCUUCGUCACGUCGUUCGAGGGAUCGUCAUUCGAACGAACGCGUAUGUACGGUCGACAUCGGCAGUUGUCCAGACAAGCCGUCGGCCGGCAGCGAGAUCGGGCUGGGCAAGCAGGACCGCAGCACAUCAGAUGCUCCACGCUGCCCCGCGCAGCUCGCCGUCAUUCCGUCUCGUCGCAGCGGCGCGGUCGCAAAGCCUGGUCACGGGCGCAGGUCACCUACGUUUUGGAGGCAAAUGUGGGCCCCAGGUGGCGAGCCGGGCGGACGAAACAAGGCAAGACGCGGCGUACCUUGGCCAUCAAAGGACGGUCACGUUCUUCAGCACACCGAGUGGGCAUCCACCGUCGCCGUCGCCAUGUUUGUGCCGAAACCGGCGACCGACUGCUCCAGGAUAUCGAGCUGAGACAGGUCGAUGGACGAGCCGGGCCUUGAGCAGCUCCCCUGAUCCUGAGCUGCUUAGAGUACCGUGCUCCGCCGCAGCGACCCGGCUCGCUGCAUUUGACUGGACGCUGAUCUAG